GACAAAAUACAAACACCAAUCACGAACCGGACCGGGACCGUACAUCACAGACUGCGCUAGAGCCACGCCGCCGCGGACCCGGUGUGAGCCCUAUACCUGGACUGAACCCGGGUCUGUGACCGGGCUGAGCUUGCGAACAUGUCGGCUGUGCUCGGCCGGGCCGGAGCGGCGGUUCCGAGCUCCCUGUCCCGGUUCCGAGGCGCUCUGGUCGGCGCGCUGCUUGGGGACUGUGUCGGUGCCGAGUUCGAGGGCACGGAGGAGGUUCCUCUGGACCGGGUUCUGCAACACCUAGACGGACUGGAGGAGGAGAACCGUGGGGACGGUAUUCUGCAGUACUCUGAUGACACGGCUAUGACUCGCUGUGUGAUUCAGUCCCUGCUCUCUCGAAGUGAGUUCGAUGUCUCUGAUUUGGGGCGCAGGUUUGCGGAGGAGUACCGCAGGGCUCCGCUUCGGGGGUACGGGGCGGGAGUGGUCCGGGUGUUUAAGAAGCUGCUCAGCCCCCGCUGUGUGGACGUGCUCCAGCCCGCCAGGGAGCAGUUCGGUGGGAGGGGGUCCUUUGGGAACGGGGGGGCCAUGCGGGUCGCCCCUAUCGCGUUGGCGUACCCCCAAACACAGGACGUGAUUGAGUUCUCCCGACGCUGUGCCCUGCUCACUCACACCUCCUCACUGGGAUAUAAUGGAGCCGUGCUACAGGCGCUGGCCGUGCACUUUGCCCUACGGGGGGUUCUGUGCUCAGGGGGGCAGUACCUGGAGCUUCUGAUCGGAGAGAUGGAGAGUCUAGAGAGAGAGGAGAAAGCACUGAGCGACGCCAGAGAGCUGAAUGAAGCUGACUUCCCGUACUGCACUCGGCUGAGGAAGGUGAAGGAGAUGCUGGAGGGGAGUGAAGUGAGUGUGGAAGAGGUGGUGAUGGAGCUAGGUAACGGUAUAGCUGCUCUGCACUCAGUCCCCACGGCGAUAUUCUGUGUUCUGCACUGCCUCUCCAUGCGCCCUGGCCUGCCCCCCCACUACAGCGGGGUUCAGCGGACACUGGCGUUCAGCUUGGCGCUCGGGGGCGACACCGACACCAUCGCCACCAUGGCCGGGGCCAUCGCUGGGGCGCACUAUGGGAUGGAGCAGGUCCCAGCGUCAUGGCAACGCUGCUGCGAGGGGGAGCAGGAUGCAGAGGAGUGGGGGGAGAGACUGCACAAGCUGUACCAGUGCAGAGCACUAGGGGGCAGCACCACUGAAAGGGAGAGAGGGGUGGACAGGGAGGAAGAGGGGGAGUGAGGAGAGAACUCUUGAGAGGGGUGGACAGGGAGGAAGAGGGAGUGAGGAGAGGAGAGAACUCUUGAGAGGGGGCACUGAGAGGGGUAACAGAGAGAGGGGGAGCGUCACUGAGGUGUAAGGCACUGCUGGUAAAAAGACUGACAGAAGAAGACUGACAGAAUUGUAAUUGGUGAGGAAGAUGAUUUUUGUUAGUUUUUUUUCUUUAUUCAUUUUAAAAGAAGAUAAUUAAAAUAAUGAAUUGUUUUAAACAGGCAGCCUGAGUGUGAGUUUAUAAGACUGAGCCUUUUAUUAGGAGUUCAUAACAUAACAACCAAUUCACUCAGGGACAAUAACAGGAGAAAUAUUCCUCUGUUAAUCUCCCAGGGAGUUAGUGUAAACUGGUGGAGCUGGUGGUGCAGUGGACUAACCCCAUGGCCUUCUCUCCCUGAAGAUGAUGGUUCAAAUCUGGGUCCCACAGGAAAGCUGUGCUGCACACUGACUAUAAGGUCAAUGAACCCUUUUUUUGAAAAAAGAAGAAAUGAGCUGGAUUUGAACCUGGGACUCUGGGGAGCACAGCACAGCAUGCUAGUGAAUUAGCCCUCUGUGCCAUCUUAAGAACACCCCUUGAUGGAUUUGAUUUUUACAAAAAAGACAAAGUCUUUGAAAAUGAAAUAAAAACACACCCUCCUAACACGGGGUUUGAACCCACUAACCUGGGAAUCAGAGUCCCACACUGUACCAGCAGAGCUCGCAGCCAGCUGGCUCUCCUGCUGCGUGAAACACAUUAUUACAUUGUGUGAGGUGCACUGGGGACACUGGGAUUGUCAGCUUGCUUUCAUUUGUGACUUCAACUGGAUUCA